CUCUCUUUGAGGCGGGCAGUCUCUGGGUAUGUGAAGUGGGCAGUCUCUUCCUCCGUGUGAUGGGUAGUCUCUCUCUCUCUCUCUGUGAGGGGGCAGUCUGUCUGUAACGGGCAGUAUCUGGUUAUGUGAGGUGGGCAGUCUCUCCCAGUGAGGGGGGCAGUCUCUGGGUAUGUGAAGUAGGCAGUCUCUCUCUGUGAGGGGGCAGUCUCUUCCUCUGUGUGGUGGGUAGUCUCUCUCUUUCUGUGGUGGGCAGUCUCAGAUAUAGGGCUGUCUCUGGGCACUGCCUCCCUCCCCCGGUCCCCGGCAGUGUAGAGCUCAGCUCCAGCCUCAGCAUCUCUCGUCUCCGGGCUCCGCAGGAUGGUGCUGAUCUGCCCGCUGCUCCCGGCCCUGUGCCUGCUUCACGCCGGCCUCACCCUGCUCCCCGGGGCCGGAGGCUACAGCUUCCCGCAGCAGCACACGAUGCAGUACUGGGCCACACGGCUGGAGCGGGAGUUUCACCAAGUUAUGAGGAACUUUGCUGGUGCUCAGCAGUUACAGGGGCUCUACAGAGAGAAGCGGAAUCUGUUUGAGGUAAAGGAGAACGUUCCCCGCAAGCUGGUGGAGAAAGUAGCGGGUGACAUUGAAACCCUUCUCGCCAAAAAAGUGCGAGCACUGAAGAGAUUGGCGCGUGCUGCGGAGGAGUUCCAGAAGAAUCACCGCUGGCAGGAUAACAUCAAGGAAGAAGACAUUGAAUAUUAUGAUUCCAAGGCGGACACAGAAUAUGAUGAUCCAGAGGGGGAGGAAGAACCCAGGGAGCCUUCAAAUUCCCUGAAAUUGGAAUUCACAGAAGAUCCAAACUUUAAGACAAAAGUGAAUUACUCCUAUACUGCUGUUCAGAUCCCUACUGAUAUCUACAAGGGCUCUACGGUCAUCCUGAAUGAGCUGAACUGGACGGAUGCCUUAGAAAAUGUCUUUAUGCAGAAUCGUCAGGAGGACCCUACACUGCUGUGGCAGGUGUUUGGCAGUGCCACCGGUGUGACCCGAUACUACCCAGCCACCCCGUGGAGGGCACCAAGCAAGAUUGACCUGUAUGAUGUCCGUAGGAGGCCAUGGUACAUCCAGGGAGCAUCCUCGCCAAAGGACAUGGUGAUCAUAGUAGAUGUGAGUGGAAGCGUGAGCGGUCUCACCCUCAAGCUUAUGAAAACAUCAGUCAUGGAGAUGUUGGAUACUUUGUCUGAUGAUGAUUAUGUGACCGUGGCUUCGUUUCACGAGAAGGCAGAGCCUGUGUCCUGCUUCCGACAGCUGGUCCAGGCCAAUGUGAGAAAUAAAAAGGUGAUCAAAGAAGCCGUCCAGGACAUGGUUGCACGAGGAACAACAGACUACAAGGCUGGAUUUGAAUAUGCUUUUAGCCAGCUACAGAAUACAAACGUCACACGUGCAAAUUGUAAUAAGAUGAUCAUGAUGUUCACGGACGGUGGUGAGGAUCGCGUGCAGGACGUCUUUGAAAAGUACAACUGGCCAAACAAAACUGUUCGCGUUUUCACAUUCUCAGUUGGGCAGCACAAUUAUGACGUCACUCCCCUGCAGUGGAUGGCCUGCGCCAACAAGGGUUACUAUUUUGAAAUUCCAUCUAUUGGAGCGAUACGCAUAAAUACUCAGGAAUAUCUUGACGUUCUUGGGCGACCAAUGGUUCUGGCUGGAAAUGAAGCAAAGCAGGUUCAAUGGACGAAUGUCUAUCAGGAUGCGCUGGGUCUGGGUCUAGUGGUGACAGGGACACUGCCUGUAUUCAACCUGACAUCUUCUGGACCUGAUGAGUCUGGAAACCCUAGUAAGAACCGGCAGAAUCAACUAAUUCUGGGUGUUAUGGGUAUUGACAUUGCUUUGGACGAUAUCCAGAGACUGACGCCACGAUAUAGUUUGGGGGCCAAUGGUUACAUGUUUGCCAUUGAUCUGAACGGCUACGUCCUUCUCCAUCCCAACCUGAAGCCUCAAGUCAUCAACUUCCAGGAGCCGGUCACUCUGGAUUUCCUUGAUGCAGAGCUGGAAGAUGAGAAUAAAGAGGAGAUCCGAAGAAGAAUGAUUGAUGGGUUAGAAGGACAUCAGUUCAUCCGGACACUGGUGAAAUCUCUGGAUGAGAGGUAUAUUGAUGAAACAGAGCGGACCUACACCUAUGCUCCAAUACACAGCACUAAUUACAGCCUGGGUCUGGUGUUGCCUCUGUACAGCUCCUAUUACCUCCGUGCUAAUCUGAGUGAUCAGAUCCUCCAGGUGCAGUAUCCAAACAAGAAAACUAAGGAUUUUGAGUCUCUGAUGCCGAAUACCUUUGAGUCUGAAGGUCGAGUGUUCUUGGCUCCAAGGCAGUACUGCCAGGACUUGGAACAGUCAGAAAACAACACAGAGUUCUUGUUGAAUUUCAUUUCACUAAUGGAAAAAGUGACACCAGACUCCAAGCAGUGUGACAGCUUUCUCCUGCAUAACCUGAUCUUGGAUACAGGCAUUACACGAGAUCUCGCUGACAAAGUCUGGAAGGAUAAGGACCUUCUCACGUACGGGCUCCUUGCAGUUUAUGCUGCUACAGAUGGAGGCAUAACCAGAGUGUUCCCCAACAAGGCUGCAGAUGACUGGACAGAGGAUAUGGAACCUCAUAAUGCCACAUUUUACAGAAGAAGUCUUGACAACAAGGGCUAUAUUUUUCGAGCACCUUAUAGAGAGCCUGGUUACCGACCAUCAGAUCUGGAAAAUAACACUGUGGGGAUUCUGGUGAGCACAGCAGUGGACCUGGAGAUUGACGGCAAGAAACUCAAGCCUGCAGUCGUGGGAGUAAAGUUGGACCCUGAGGCUUGGGUGGAAAAGUUCAAAAUUCUGGCCAGUAACCAUUCAGAAGCAAACCCUCAAGGACCACGCAAGCAAUGCAGUCCUUCCAGCAGCUGUGAGAUGGACUGCGACAUCAAUAGUGAGGACUUGCUCUGUGUUCUCAUUGACGAUGGUGGAUUCCUUGUGAUGUCCAACCAGCAGGACCACUGGUCUCAGGUUGGGAAGUUCUUCAGUGAGGUGGACCCCAACCUCAUGUCUGCACUGUAUAACAGCUCAUUCUUCACCAGGAAGGAGUCCUAUGAUUACCAGUCAUUAUGUGCCCCCAAAACUGAGAGUAACAAAGGUGCCGCCCCCAGGGGUAUUUUUGUGCCAACAAUCGCUGAUAUGCUAAAUCUGGCCUGGUUGUCAUCUGCUGCCGCAUGGUCACUAUUGCAGCAUCUCUUUGUCAGCCUGAUGUACACCAGCUGGAUGCAUGCAGAGGACACAAUGGCUGAGAACAUGGAGCCCCGUGAAGCCAGCUGUAUCAUGAAGCAGACCCAGUAUUAUUUCAGCAGUGUCAAUUCCACCUACUCUGCAGUCAUUGACUGUGGACCCUGCUCCAGAUAUUUCCAUGCCCAGAGACUCGCAAACACAAACCUUCUCUUCGUGGUGGCUGAGACAAUGAUGUGUAGUCAGUGCGACUCCAUAAAGCUAGACCAAGCAGAGACACGCUCUGAGGGUCCGGAGCAGUGUGAGCUUGUGCAGAUGCCCCGAUAUCGUAAAGGUCCUCAUGUCUGCUUUGACUACAACCCAAUGGAGGAUACCUCAGACUGUGGAAGGGGCUCCAUGUUCCGGCCGUCUUGGCUCUUGCUGGCGUUUCUUCAGCUGCUACUUCUGCUCGGCGGCUGCACCUCAUCCUCUGUUGGUCGGGGCCUCUAGAUUUGCCCCGCUUCCUCCCUCCAUCCUGAGGCCACUUCUUGUUUAGUGACGUGGUUACCAUGACAAACAGACGAGCGCCUCUCUUGCGCGUUGGGCUGAGUUACCACGACAACCACCACUUGAUUUGGAUGAUUUUACGGCGACAACAAGGAGACCUUUCAGUGUCAUCAGGAGUUACCAUGGCAACCAGGAAAACAAACCAUCAUGGCAAAAUAGCAGCACUUACCCUGUGAGCGGGAGGAGCCAUGGCACCUCCAAGGAUUUCCUGUUUCCUGUUCAUCAGUCUCCAUGGUUUCUGUCUAUUCACCUGAAUUUCUGUCUUAUAAGUUGUGGGUGUCAAGGAGUCAAUGGCUUUUUGACAUCCUUGUCCUUUUCUACAGCUACUGUAAUGAGCCGUAGCUCGUAGUGAUGUCAUAUCUACCCAAGGUGAUGAUGUCCUAUAUAUCCAAGGUAAUGCCAUAUCUACCCUUAGUGGUGAUUUUAGAUCUACCCAUAGUGAUGAUAUCAUAUGUAAACAGGGUGAUGAUGGCAUAUACCCAUGUUGAUGUCAUAUCAACCAAGUCAUAUCUGCCCAAGGUGAUGAUGUUGUCACUACCCAUGGUGAUGAUGUCAUAGCUGCUGAUGGUGAUGGCAUCUUAGCUGUCUAUGGUGAUGAUGUCAUGUCUACCCAUGGUGAUGUCACCGUAAUCCUUGGUCAUUCAUAACAUUGUCAUACAAAGGAGUUGGAGUUUAUCUCAUACUGGGGGGAGAUUUAUCAUGACAAAUAACAUUUAGCAAAAAAUGAACAGUAACUCUUGUAAGAAACCCGGCAGCAUCUGCCCUUUAAGGUAUCGCAGAGCAUCUUGCCUACACACUUUUGAAUAGUUUCCGACACUCCUUCCUGCAGGACUGCAGCUUCCAUAUUUUAUGGUUCUGUAGUUCUGCAGCUUAUUAAGUGCCAAAGCUGCGUUUCCUUCCUUCACCCUCUGGUCCUGGGGACAGGUUUUGACCCCAUGGUCAGAUGGCCCAUCUCAUGAUAUUGCACCAAAGAAUCAGGUGUGUGACAUUGUUGCUGUCAGUAGUCCCCUUUCUCAAUACAAUAGUGCGAUGCAGAAGGUGAAUACCUAAAUCACUCUUAACAGGUUACUGUCUCUUUAAAAGAGCCCCGUCUUCAGCCAAUCCAUGUGUUCAGAAAGAUGCAUUGCCAAAGUCACCUUUUUCCACUCUGCGAGUGUGUAGACACUGAAAUACUCAGUAGGUGUGAUGAUCCCAGGACAUAGCACAAUCAUCUCACAAGCACAGGGGACUUGCGAACCCCAAAAAGCGCACACAAGACUGUCACACUGUGUCAACACUAUACAAGGCACAAUUGAAAUUGGGCCAAUAUCUAAUCAUAGCACAAUAAGAGGGGAGCCUCAGUUUUGCUCUGCCCUUUAGCCCAGAUGUUGAUCAUUUCUGCUGAACCAGCACUGUGCGAACAGAACUCAAAAUGAUCUAUGAAUCCAGUAUUAAGAGUAGGAACUAAUCGCCAAACCCUGGACCUCCAAUUACUAUGACCUCCCCGCAGUAUUACACACCACAAAUCAUACCCCUCCCAAAUCAUAACAUUGGCCCCCAAAAAAUCUUCUCUGUUGCUGGGAAAGCUGGGUGAUAAUUAAUAUCCUUUUUUUACAGUUUCCAUGUUUUCGUCACCCAGCUUUCAUAGGCUCCUGAUUGGCAUAUUGGCCUAGUUAUGCAGUGAUGUAGCCCUAUUUUUGUAUAUUGUUGCAUGAUAAGUCUAGCAAAGCUAGGUGACAUCAGUAGGAGCUGUAGUGUUAGCUAUAUAGGAUGUCACCCUACUUUCCCAGGAAUGGAAAAGCCUUAUAAUUAUAGGGGAUGUUAUGAUUUGGAGAGGGGGAUGGUCCAGUCUGAGGACUUUGCUCCUUUUGUUGCCUCUUUGGAGUCCAUCCUCAUCCUCGUCUAUGUCUCAUUCAUCCCUCAUCUUGCUUGUUGUUCACCUCCGGUGAUGAGACCUCCCUGCAGCUCUGGAUGAAGCCAAACCUGUACGAACAAUGGGGGGAAGGGAGGUGCCGUCAUUUUUACAGAAACCCCCACUUUGCCAAGAGACGCCACAGGCCGGAGCUCGGGGAUGGGGGGAGGGUUGGGUCGGUCAGGAGUCAUAAUCUGAACCCCUAAUUGGUCAUUUUCUUUGCUUGUAGCUUCGCUGUGUGUUUGGAUCUUGUUUUGGGAAUGUGCUGAGGGGUGGGUGAUGUGUGUGCGCCAGGCGUCCGUCCGCUCGCGUUUCUAGUUCAAUCCUCCAUUCCAGAACGAGAGAGCUAUAAAUAGGUAUAAAUAUCUAUAAAUAUUAUAUAUAUCCCGUACGCGGCGCGAGGUCAUCGACUUCUCCUCAUCAGUUAGUGGCUUUUAUCCGGUGACUGGAGCAAAGUUUAUUUAUUUAUUUGUACAGAAAAAGUUCCACAAGUGACAGAAAGUUUGUACGAUUUCGUGCGUGAUUCCUGUAAAAUAUUUUCAAAUGGUUUAUUACAAAGAAUCAGUUAAUAAAUAAUGUGCAUAUUUUCACUUCA